UAUCAUCCAAUUUAUCGAUUUUAAGGUUACUUGGACAAUUGCGUUCAUAUUAAUCAUUAAUUUUUUAAAUAGCAUAUCUUUUGUUUAUUUGUUGCUUAUUUGUAAAAGAACAAACCAGCCUAGGCUCAAAUGUUUAAGUUAGAAAUUUAGAUGGUAUAUGAAUUGCGAUGUCGUAAUCAUUUCUAUGGAAACCCUUUCAUAUCGACCUCAACAAACGUGCAUGAAACAAAUUUCAUUUGGUUUUAUUGAAUGUAUAUGGAAUAAUAACCUUUUAAGCAAUGUCCAUUAAAUUUUAAGUUUCAUUUGAAAAAUUGUGAUUACCGCGAUGAUGAAAAAAUAAAAUCCAUUAUGGGGGUCAAAGGAAAAAAAGAAAAGAAAGCACGGAAAAGAAAUGUUGCGAACGAGCUCGACACUGUGACUUACGAACAACAAAUUCUUGAUAACAAUAGACAGUUGGCAAGAUUACGAUCUCGCAACGAAGAAUUAGAACUCGAGGCGGAAAAACUGAAAGAUAAGUUAUUGCAACUAGAAGAAAAUAAAGCAGAUCUUACAUCGCAUCUGCAGCGUAUUUUGCAACGGAAAGUAGAAGAAGCUGAAGAAUUACAAGAACGUCUGCUGGCCCUAGAAAAAUUACGCAAGGACGAGCAAAAAGCUAACAAAAUGAAAAUCGAAAGGAUGGAACAGGAGUUUAAGACAAUGGAAAAUAAUUUAAGUGCAGAAAUCAAACUUGCAGCCGGCAAGUUGAACGCUCUCGAGGACUUUAGAUUGGCGCGCAUAGAUCUGAUGAACAAGUUCGAGGAGCAAGAAAAGCGCGUCGCCGAGCAGGAGUUGCGCCACAAGGAGAGCCUGUACGAAGCCGAGAAGAGCUUGAUAAUCGGCAAAGCCAAAAUGCAAACGGAGCUGGAGAAGCGGCUGAGCGAGCUCGCGGCCAGCUUCCGGGCGGCGAGCGGUCUGCGGCUGGCCGAGGCGACCCAGCGCACGGUGCGCGAGAACGUCGCCCUACGCCGCCAGCUCGAGACGCUGCUGCGCCACUGCCGCCAGCUGGACGCCCGCAGACAGGACAGCCAGGAGAACGAGCGCGAGCUGCGUCUCGUCGCUUCGCUCCACGAGGCCGAGGCGCGGCUGGCCCUCGGCAAGGUCAUGCGACUGCACCGGCGCACCGAGAGGCUGGCCCUCGAGCAGCGGGCCAAGAGCCAAGCCAUAGGCCGCUCGCUCCGAGCCGACAAGUACGCCCGACUGUCCGAGGCGGCUCGUCGCGAGUCCAGCCUCGAGCGCCACGAGGAGCUCCGCAAGUGCCGCCUGCUCGAGCAGAAUAUCCAGAAGAGCCGAGAGGACCGGCUGGGGCUUUGCGGAGAGGCCCAGCAGGCCUGCCAGCGAAUAGCGCGACUCGCUCACAUCCUCGAGCGAGCCAAACGGACCGUGCAGCAAGCCCUUGCCAAGACGGAACUGCGCCAGGCGACCGAUCGCCACGAGCAAUACGAGCAAGAUCAAGAGGAUGCCUGCUCCGACUGUUUGUCCGAUUACAAGGAGCAUUUGCUUCACUCCUUGGCAAAUAUUUUCGAUGAGUAUUCCGAUGACUCGGAUCGAGAGCCUAAGGAGUUGCUUGAGGUUCAUUCGGUGCCAUCGGACGAUAUUUACGAGUUUGGCCAAUUGGGAUUGAUACCAGCGAUGACCCCGUCGGUCAUCGAUGUCCUGAGCGAUAAUUCUUCUAAUCUGGGCGAUGGCCUCUUGAAUGAUAAUUCGAAAAAGACAAACGAUGAUUCUGUUUCAAAGUGUUGCUGCGAUCUUUCAGAUUUUGCUUAAUAAUAUGAAAAAUUAGCUCUCUUGA